GGUAAAGUAAACUUCAAUGCAUCCCAUCCCAUCCCCACGCUAACUCAGCCCGCCCGCUUAGCCUUUAAUCUGAUUGACUGGCGGUCGGUGGUUUGAUGAAGCUCAUUGCUGACUACUAACUAGUUAACUACACAACCCCCGUAACCUUUUUUCCGAAUUUCUUCUUUUUUUCUCCUCCUCCUCCUCCAUCCAACUUCAUCCCCAAUCCCUCUUCCCCUUCUCCCCCCAGGAAUAUAAAUUCCUCACAGCAGGCGACUUCUGGAGUUUUGCGCUUGCUCUGCUCUAUAAAGCUCCAAUUUCUACUUAAUAUGUUUGUUUCUUCUCUAUCCUUUUUACCCUAUUUUUAAUCUGUAGAUAUCUUAUCUUAUCUUGGCCCCGCUGGAACUACGAGAAGCAAGCAAAGCGAGCAUGAGUAUGGCUGAGCGCGCAGACUCCAUCCAUGUCCAAACAAAGGGCGUUGAUGUCAAUCAUGCCAUGCUGGAUGGAGACAUAGACGUGCGCAAGGAUCUUCACGGCGUCAAUGUGGAUGAUGGUGGACAGGCGAGGACGUCAGGCACAGACACAGCUGCACCCGCGGCCGAUGCAGUCGACAAGAGCAAGAAGGGCUACUUCGCAUACUUCCGCACGAGAGAGUUCUAUAUCGUUCUUAUCCUUGGCCAAACCCUCGCCCUCUGUAUCACCGGCACAAACACCCUCUCCCAGCUCCUCUCCAACAUCCGCACCUCAAUCCCAGCCUUCCAAUCCCUCUUCAACUACGUCCUCCUCAACCUCGUCUUCACCAGCUACACCAUCUACAGCUACGGCCUCAAGGGCUGGCUCCGCGUUAUCAAAAAGGAUGGCUGGAAAUAUAUCAUCCUCGCCUUCUGCGACGUCGAGGGUAACUACUUCAUCGUCCUCGCCUACAAGUACACAACCAUCCUCAGUGCACAACUCAUCAACUUCUGGGCCAUCGUCGUCGUCGUUGUCCUCUCCUUCCUCUUCCUCCGCGUCCGCUACCACUGGGCCCAGAUCGUCGGCAUCCUCGUCGCCAUCGGCGGCAUGGGCGUGCUUUUCGGCUCCGAUCACAUUUCUAGUGGCGGCGGUGACGGCAACGGCCCGUCCCGCGGCAACCAGAUCAAGGGCGACCUUUUCGCCCUGGUGGGCGCCAGCUGCUACGGCCUCACGAACGUCGCGGAGGAAUACCUCGUCAGCAAGCGGCCGAUGUAUGAAGUCCUGGGUCAGCUAGGACUGUACGGGAUGUUCAUCAUCGGCGUGCAAGCGGCCAUCUUCGACCGGGAGUCCUUCGCUAGCGCGACGUGGAAUGGCAAAGUGGGCGGAUACCUGACGGGCUAUACGUUCUGUCUGUUCAUCUUCUACUCGCUGGCGCCGAUUCUGUUCCGGCUGGCCUCUGCGGCGUUUUUCAAUAUUAGUUUGCUCACAGCGAAUUUUUGGGGUGUGAUUAUUGGGGUUAACGUGUUUAAGUAUUCGGUGCAUUGGAUGUAUCCGAUCGCGUUUGUGUGUAUUAUGAUGGGGCAGGGGAUUUAUUAUUUGGGUAGGCAGGUGUUGGGCGAGUCGAGGAAGCCGUGGCUGGGGGCGAAUCAAGAGAAAGGUGUUAGUGGGAUUGGGACGGCGAGGAGGAAGAUUUCUGCUGCUGCUGCUGCUGCUACUGCUGCUGGCGAUGACGGGACCAGGAUUGAUGAUGGGGUGCGACAUGGGAACGAUAAUUCCGUUUAAAAAGGGAUGUGGAGGGAACCAUAUUCGAGGCUGUUGUUCUUCGGCGUUAUAUUGUCACGGUUGGUUAUCCUGUCACCCUGCUUCAUUUUGGAUCGCUCUCCAUCCACCUAUCGCCAUACGUCUCCUUAAUGUCACCCAGAAAUGGACCGGCUAUUGGAUAUGUAGAGACAUCCCCCCUCUCUCCUUCUGCCCCCCUUUCUCCGCCGGCUCAAGCUCAAGCUCAGUCUAAAAUGAUUAUAUCUUCUUCCCUUAAUUGGGCAAGGAGAUUAAUCGCUCACGCGCAAUGUACGGAAGUGUGUAUGUAUAUGUGUAUAUAUUGUACAUGUACAUACCUCUCGCCAUUUUGAUUAGACGAUAUAUGUUCUAUAAGUUUGUUGGGUGCUUUAUACAUACAGUGCUACGCGGACCAAAAAUUCAAAAACUAUUUUCUUCUAGUUUCAUCCCUUCCUGUAUGCAUACGCGUACGCAUCUUUUUGACUUUUAUAUCUACAUAGUUAACAUAUAUAUAAGUGAAACUUGCUCAAAUACGUAA